CCCACUGAACAUCGCAGAACAGCUUGUCAUGCAUCGAUCUGCGCUGCGACUCCAGUUUUGACAGACACAGCAAGGUUUCAGGAAGAAGUUUGACACGGAGAAGCCCAAACGAGGAAGUCGCAUACUGUUCCAUUACAAUCGUUAAAAAAAACCCUCUUGUUUUUUCGGUUUUGGGUGCCACUCAACCCCUCGGGAGUGGAUGUGAGCGAAACAAAACGAAAACAUAUUCGCGAGCAGUUACAACGGACAACCCGGAAAAGUGAAAGCAACGCGCGCGCCGCUGGAAACAACAUGGCUGUGAACAUGUCCGACGAAGAUAUCACCGACAGACCGUCUCUUCUGGAGACAGACCUGACCUGUCCUGUGUGUAAGGAGCUUUUCCGAGACCCCGUGUUACUCUCGUGUAGUCACAGUUUUUGCCGUGAAUGUCUGGAGGCCAGCUGGAAGCAUAAAUCCACGAAGGAGUGUCCCGUAUGUCGAAAGUGCUGUGAUGGGGAGCAGCCGAUACCAAAUCGGGCGCUGAAGAACACUUGUGAGUCCUACCAGAAGGAGAAAGGUUGGCGAAUUCCCGGAGGUGCCGAAGUUCUCUGCGGACUACACCAGCGAGAGAUGCAAUUGUUCUGCAUUAAAGACGAGACUCCUAUAUGUGUUGAGUGUGUGAUUCUGCACAGUGGCCAUGAUUUUUUACCUUUGGACCGGGGAGUUCCGUUCUGUAAGGAGGAACUCAAUAUCAAAAUCUCCAUUCUAUGUGAAAAAUUGGAGUAUUUUAGGAGAAUGAAGAGACGAUAUGGUGACACAGUCACUUUUAUUCAGACCCAGUCUGAGGAGGCAGAGAGGCAAAUCAAACAGGAAUUUGAGAGACUUCAUCAGAUCCUGAAUGAGGAAGAGGCCAUGAGAAUUCAAGCCCUGAAGAAAGAAGAAGAGCAGAAGAAGCAGUUGAUGAAGGAGAAAAUUGACAGCAUAGCUCGCGAAAUCACCUCCCUCUCUGACCUGAUUCAGUCAGUGAAGAGAGAGAUGGGAGCAGAGGAUCUGACUUUCCUGCAGAACUUCCAGACUCUUAAACGCAGGGCACAGUGGACAGCUGAGGACCCCCAGAAGGUUCCUGGUGCCCUCAUUGACAUGGCCUCUCAUGUUGGAGGUCUGGGGUACAAAGUCUGGGAGAAUAUACGAGCUCAUAUCAAGUGUUUCCCAGUGUUAAUGGACCCCAACACUGUUUCACCCUGGCUGUACAUAUCCCCCGACUACGCCAGUGUGAAAGAGAGCCCGGAGAGGCAGUCCUUCCCGGACAACCCCGAACGCUUCGACCCCUGCGUCUUUGUCCUGGGUUCACAUGGCUUCACGUCUGGCCACCACCGCUGGGACGUGCACGUAGGUGACAAUCCCAAGUGGAUCCUCGGAGUUUGCAGGGAGUCGAUUACCCGAAAGCGCAAGUUCACGGUGACCACGUCGGGAGGGGUGUGGAGCAUUGGGCUGAGCAAAGGCAUGUACAGUGCGCUGACCACACCUCGCACGGAGCUGACCGUGGAGAGGAGGCCGGACACCAUCAGGGUGAAACUGAACAUGGAGAAGGAGGAAGUAUCCUUCUGGGACGCAAGCACCGGAAGGCACCUCUGCACCUACACUGACAAGUUCACAGGGAAGAUCUUCCCUCUUUUUGGCCCAGGCCUGCAGAGCACACCCAUGGCUAUUCUGCCAGCCAAGAUCACCAUCCAUAAGAAGUGAUGUGGUUUCACCACAGAGCCACCCAGAACUCUGGGGAAGAAGUUGACCUGCUGCUUUGUUUUCGUUUUGUUUCGUUUUACAUAGAAUAAUCUUCAUCCUUACUGUCCUGAAAAGUAAAACCCAUAAAAGCUUUUAAUGUUAUUUACUAUACCUUUUCACAGUUACUCUACAUGCUCUAUCAGGUGAACUAAAGGAGAUUUAUAUUAAAAAAAAAAGUCUUUCUUUAUUCUUGGCAAACAACACACCUGCAUGGUAUCCAGUCGUUUCCAUCCAGCUAUUUUAGUCAUGAAUUAUUAAGCAGAGAAAACAGCAAAUUAGCCAGGACAUGGAUAGAACAGGUAGAGCAAUAAGCUAAUAACAUCAUGGUCAUGGAUUCAUUUCCCAGUCAGCACAUGCAUCAUCAUACUGGUAAAUAUGUAAGUCUCUCUGGAUAAGAGUGAGUGCCAAAUGUAAACUGUAAGUGCAGGCUCCAAGACCAUGAGGUCUCCGGGACUGCAGUACGCAAUGACAUUUGGAUGGGAAGAACCUGAGAACUACACACACAGGAAAACUCAUUACCAGGAGCAGAAGAAGAAAUGACAAAUUCAGCAGACUAACUAGAGAAAAGCAAGGGUUUUUUAUGCAAGCAGUUAUGAUAAAGUGGUUAUGCCCCAUCUUGUUUCAUUUAGCAAACUGCUUUUAUGCCUCGAUACCUUCAUGGUUUUGUUUAUUCCCACUUUUUUCAACUAUGAUUGUUCAUUUCUGAACUGGCUCAGGCUAUUAGUGGGGAAGAUGGUUUCACCUUUAUGAUUGUUCAAAUGUGAAUUGACUCAUAUUAUCUCUGAGGAAGAUGGGUUGACAUUUAUUACUGUUUAGUUGUGAAUUGACUCAGACUAACUGGGGAAGAUGGUUUCAUCUUUUGAAGUGACCUGGGAAAACAGCAUGAAGAGCAAAAUGUUUAAAAGUACAGAUGGAAAAAAAAUGAUAUGAAAGUAUUUCUGAAAAGGUUACAAGUCAGUCUCUUGUGUCCCAAAUUAAUUACUUAAUAAUUAUUUUUAUUAUAAUAAUAAUUUUGUUUAUUAUACAUAUGGGCCUUGUAAGAUUCUGGGUUAAUUUGAAACGCUUCCUCUUUUUACCCACUCCGUGUAACACAUAUGUGUACAGCUUUAUAUGUCCACAAUAAAGGUAAAUACUACAUAUAA